UCCAAAUAUGGGCAAAACACCGGUGCUGUUUGCUAGCUCUGCUGGUCUGUGGGGUUGGUGUUGCAGGAGGAGAGGUAACUUGUAUCGCUGUUGUAUGACGGAUUAUUGCCCUUACCAGAGGAAGAUUGUUGCACUUUGGCAACCAGAUAUCAUUUUUAACGAGGAUAGGUGACUACAAUGUUAGCCCUGCUUUUAGCCACUGACGUUAGCUGUGUUUUAAAAGGUAGUGCAAGUGAAAGUGGGCAGGAACAUUAAGAGGAUGCCAGUGGAGUGCCCCAUGUCACCACCACUUCCACCACCACCACCUGAUCUAGGUCCACCUCCUCCACCUCCUCCUCCUGCUCCAGGUCCACCUCCUCCUCCUCCAGCAUCAGCUCCUAAGAAGAAGCUGUAUCAGACUAUAGCCAGCAGCAGGAGUCCUGUAGAGGGGAACCACACUGAGGCCCGUUUAUUGCUCAGUCAGAGAGAGAGCAGCUUUAGGAAGGACCUGCAGUGGAUACUUGUGAACACAUAUGUGCCCUCCCUCAUCCAAGAUGGCCCACAGUGUGGUCUGGUGGCUUUGUGGAUGGCUGCUCAGCUUCAACAGCCACAGCUGAGUGUUGACAUGGAGACAGUUGUUCAGACAGCCAUGAGAAGGGGAUACACCGCUCAGGGGGAAAUGUUUUCAGCUGACAACAUGGCCCUGCUGGCAGAGGAGGUGUGUGGCUGUAAGGCGGACCUGCUAUCAGGAGGAUUAAGUGGUAACAACAUGGAGACCAUCAUUACACACCUGUGGGGGAGACAACCUGUUCUCAUACCAUAUGAUGAAGACUUUAAUCACGAGCCAUGCCAGCGCAGCGGCCACAGGGCGCACUGGGCAGUCGCUUCAGGUUUGCUCCUCGGUUUGGACCAGCAGAGUGUGAGCACAGAACACACUGAGCCCGAUCCCACUCUGUCCUGGCUCCGCCUCGUCACUGACAGCAGUUCCCCUCGUCCCGUUGGAGCAACAGUCAAACACGUUCACAUCCUGGCUAAGCAGGGUAAAAGCCUGCGCUACCAGCUGUGGAGUUUGGACAGUGUCGCUCAGAGCAAUGAGCAGCUGAGGAUGAUGGACCCUCAGAGGUCGAACGACGGGACCCAGUAUGUUGUUCCUCCAGGAGGAGUGGAAGCAGGGCUGGCUGGAAAGGUGGUGUUACUCCACACGAGGACACAGGAGCAGAAAUAAGUGUGACUCAGGGAUACAACAUUCAGCUUCUGAGACUCAGUAAAACUGUGACAUGUUGAGAGGCUACACAGAGACCUCACAUCAGGAAAUUUGACUGAUUCAACAGUUAAACACAUUUUAAUAACAGGUUGUUUACAGCUGAAUAAUCUGAAGUCUGCAUCAGCCAGGAGCUUCAAAGUGUGAAUUUUCGUCCUAGCUAUACCACAAAUGCUACAGUUCUCAUGUUGUGUCACUGUGGAUCCUUUUCAGGCUCACUCAUAUGACUAUCAGCUGAAAUACAUUAUAUAAGCUGUUCUUUUAAUAUCUUGAGCUGUACCAGGCCUUUAUUGAAGGUGCUAUAUACACAAAAUUGCCUUAAGAUUUCAAAAUCAACUAUAUUGUUUGCAUAAAUAUAAUGACAAGAAAAAGGCCUGAUUAAACGAUGAUCAAUUUGAAUGAUUUCUAAUUCAUUUACAGGAUAAAAACAACUGAGUGUGAUUUAUACUGUCAAAUAUGAUGCAAUCAUCAGAGUUAUAUUUUCAACAAUGUGAUACAUUUCUCAGACCAGAAACAUUUCCAACUACUUUUCAUAUACUUAAUAUACAAAUUAUCUUUUAGUAUUGGGUCAUCUUGGUUCACUGCUGGCCUGUGAAUGUUUUAGAAUGAUAUUAAAGAAAAUAAAUAUUUGAACACAAAAGCAACAUGACAGACUUUAGGAACAAAAAACAGAGUCUGAAAAUAUAUUCUUAUUUCCAGUUUAUUGCAAUCCAUGACCUAGGAAUGAAUCAGCUUUCAGCACGUUUUGUGACUUUAAAUACACUGCCUUUUAAAAACACAAAACGUGGGUUUAAGUCCAGUUUUUUCUUCUUCUACUCACGAAGCAGCACCCAACUUGAAACCUGACAGUUUUACAAAUAAAGAAGAUUUGUGGGCAAAUAA